GCAAAACCUCAGCCAUGACAUCCACCACUCCUUCACGGUAACAAUGCAAGCAGACAGGCGCCGAAUUAACGCGCCUGCUGGAGGCACAGCACCUCCGGUAUUCAUUACACCCAAGGACUCUCAGAUCCAGCGGCCGAGGCGCACGCGAAAGCCAGACGAACACCGCAAAAUCUUUCUUCGGACUGGCGUGGUGCCAUCGGCAAGCGGUAGUGCAUACUAUGAGAUCUCACCACAUCCACCGACAGAGGCAAAGCAAUUCUUGACACCAGACGCAUCGAAUCUGAAAAUUACCUGCACAGUUCAUGGACCCAGACCACUUCCCAGAAAUGCAGCAUUUAGCCCGAAUUUGCUCUUGACCACUCAUGUCAAGUUCGCGCCUUUUGCAACGCGGCAGCGAAGAGGGUACGUGCGGGACUCUUCGGAACGAGAUCUCGGCGUGCAUCUUGAGACUGCUCUGAGAGGCGUCAUCAUUGGUGACCGCUGGCCGAAGAGCGGUUGCGAGGUCGUCAUUACUGUGCUCGAAGGCGAGGAAGAUGGUUUCUGGGCUGAGCCUUCGCAGGGCGGCAAGACUGGCGGCUGGGGCAUGAUGAGUGUGCUCGCUGGUUGCAUCACGGUGGCGAGUGCGGCUCUGGCAGAUGCUGGCAUUGACUGUGUGGAUUUGGUAUCUGGAGGGGUCGCUGCACUGGUCAACUCCAAUGGUGGCCAUGAAUACAUCCUGGAUCCUUCGCCUCCCGAGCAGGACAUUAAGGCCGCUUGUGUGGUAGGCUACCUCCAGAGCAGGGAUGAGAUCACCGAAAUGUGGAUGAAAGGCGAGGCUGCUGCCGAGGCUGAGACGUUGAUUGACCAUGCUGUGAAAGCAUCGGUCAUGACCAGGACUGUGCUGGCAGAUGCUGUGAAGGAAGCGAUAGAGCUCAAGUUGAGCAAGCUUCCCGAGACUGCCAAUGGAGCACCGCCAGCCGCUAAAGGUAAGGGCAAGGAUGUGAUCAUGACUGGAUGAAAGAUGCUUGGACGCACCUUUAGCUGUUCCUGUCUAAGCUUGGCCAAGGAAUCACUGCUGUCUCGACAUGGUCCAUCAGCAUUGCAGCAGGGACGCACUGCUGCGAGGACUGCUCGGGUUACACAAUCACAUUCGCGUACUUUCGCCGGCGGAGCUUGAGUGCGCCGACAUGAUAAAUUCUUCAAGGUGUUCACUCUUGACUUAGGUCGAGGCCACAAGACCUACAGGCUUGGUACGAGUAUACCACAGGCUGGCCGUGGCAGGGUGUACGCUGCACCUAUACUGUUUUCCGGAUAGAUGGUGCAGACAUUGAGUACUAUCUCGUCAUUCGGGAGGACAUUCAUCAUGGUAGAAUGGUUGAACCUGCAGCUCGUGUCCUUUAGAGCAAGAUAUCUGGAGAAGCCUUUCAGGAAUCCACAGCAGUGUCAUACCUGCAGAGCGAAAAUUGUACUCAGAGGACACAUUUUCCUCCUCUUCCUCGGACCGUCUACGAUGGACAUUACAUACUGUCCUAUAAGUCAGUCGACGAAGCUAGACUGCAGGAUUGCAAUCACUUUAUCAGUCCUG